AUGGCUUGCGGAUGCCCCUCUCUGGUUGAAGAUGGCAAUCUCGCCAACGUCGCCAAUCCUGACAGUGAUAAUCGCGCCUGCCCCGAGGACGAUGGUUGCUGCGGGGCAGACUCUGGAGCGCAAGAAAGCUGCUGCAAGCCACUGGCGAAUAUAGCCACUGCCAAAGAAGAUGACGGCUGCAGAACGGCGAUUGAGGAUAUUGACUGUGUGGAGAGCUGCUGCCCGGCAGUAACGCGCCAACAAACGGAACUUGAGACCAAGCCCGACUGCUGUAAGGGCAAGGCAUCCCCCUGCUGUGACUCGACCUGCAUCGACCGUCUUGCCCUGCGUGAAUGCGAGAAAGUCGACACCAGCUCCGAUGCCAGCACGGCCUGCAACGGUGCCGAGGACGGGAAGCCCUGCCGUCGCCAUUCCAGUGCUGCUCGCGAGCGCUACCAAUCCACCUUGGAAGCGCUGGGAUGCAUCUGCCGUGCUCUACUGGCCCUGGGACAGGAAUCGUGCUGUGCCCCGCGGGAACGACGGUCUGUGGAGAGGAAGCGCUCGCAACCGCCGUCCCACCCUCGCAUUUCAGCCGACUCGUGCUGCGCAACCGGAGCGUGCGCAAGUGUCACCGUUGAGGGCCCCUGGCCGAAAUCUAAGAGACGCUCCCGCGCUAGCCGGCCUGGAUCGGCCGGUGAUUCUUGCUCGCAGGGCUGUUGUGCCAAGGCUCCGGCGCCUCGCGUUGCUAGUUCUUGCGCCGAUGCUUGCUGCGGUGGGGAGAAAUCCCAUGAGGUGACCGAGAAGACCAAGGAAAUUCCCGCCAACGAAGCUCGAGCCACUGACCUUGAGAGGGGGGUCUCAGACUUCGAGCACGUCGUCCUCAGUGUCUCGGGGAUGACCUGCACAGGCUGCGAGACGAAACUCCAUCGGACAAUUACCAAGCUUGACUCGGUCCGGAACCUGAAGACAAGCCUUGUACUUGCGCGGGCCGAGUUUGACCUGGACGUCGGCGCUGAAUCUCUGGCCGAGGUCAUGAACCACCUCCAACGAACCACCGAGUUCAAGUAUGAGAGGAUCACGAAUCAGGGAUCCAGCAUCGACCUCAUCACUCCCGGCGACCCAACGGAAGUUAUCAACCGCGCGUGGCCGGACGGCGUCACGGAGAUGAGCGUCGUUGGGAAGACAAUCGUCCACGUCGAGUUUGACGCCCAGAAAGUCGGGGCGCGAGACCUCGUCGAGAAGGGCUGGGAUACGCCCAUGAAGCUCGCCCCGCCUCGUGCAGACCCGGCUCUCGAGGCCGGCGGCAAACACGUUCGCCAUGUCGGAUACAUGACCCUGCUGUCUGCGGUCCUCACCAUCCCAGUCCUGGUGAUGGCCUGGGCUCCCCUGCCCAAGAGGGAGAUCGCGUACAGCUCUGCCUCGCUCGCCCUCGCGACCAUGGUCCAGGUCGUCGUCGCCGGUCCGUUCUACCCAAAGGCCCUGAAGGCGCUGGUAUUCUCCAGGAUGGUUGAGAUGGACCUGCUCAUCGUCCUGAGCACGAGCGCGGCCUACGUCUUUUCCGUCGUGUCGUUCGCCUUCCUCCUCAUGGGACAGCCGCUAUCGACGGGUCAGUUCUUCGAGACGAGCACCCUUCUCGUCACCCUCAUCAUGGUCGGCCGCUACGUCAGCGCGCUCGCCCGCCAGAAGGCCGUCGAGUCGAUAUCGGUGCGUUCGCUACAGACGCCCACCGUCGUGAUCUUGGGCGAGGGGCCCCGCGGCGAGAGAGAGAUCGACGCCAGGCUGCUGCAGUAUGGCGACGUUUUCAGGGUCAUGCCGGAUUGCAGGGUUCCGACUGACGGGACGGUUGUAUCGGGAUCCUCGGAACUCGACGAGUCGAUGAUCACUGGGGAGUCUAUGGUCGUCGAGAAGCACCCCGGCUCCGCGGUCAUUGCGGGGUCGGUCAAUGGCUCAGGGGCCCUCACCGUUCAGCUGGCCCGACUGCCCGGGGAUAACACGAUCAGCACAAUCGCCGGCAUGGUCGACGAGGCGAAACUGUCGAAGCCAAGGAUCCAAGAUAUUGCCGACCGGGUUGCGUCCUACUUUGUCCCUGUCAUCGUCAUGCUGGCGACUAUCACCUUUGUCGUUUGGAUAGCUGUCGGUGUCGGUGUCCAGAAACAGUCUGGUUCUGAUGCAACAAUUCAGGCGGUGACAUACGCGAUUACUGUCCUGAUCGUGUCGUGCCCUUGCGCCAUCGGUCUCGCCGUCCCCAUGGUUAUUGUCAUUGCUACCGGGGUGGCAGCUGAACGAGGCGUCAUCUUCAAAUCUGCCGACAGUCUCGAGGUCGCAUACAAGGCCACCCAUGUUGUAUUCGACAAGACCGGAACAAUCACGCAAGGCAAGCUUACUGUUGCCCGGGAGGAGUAUUUCGGUCAUGAUCCGGCCACCACAAAGUCGCUCCUGUUUGGUCUAGUUGGUGGCAUCAAGCACCCGGUGUCGUUGGCCGUUGCGCACCAUCUCGAGGCAACGGGCGUGUCGGCAGCGGCAGUGAUGGAACCCAAAGCCCUGGCCGGCAAAGGUGUGGAGGGCAUCGCCCCAGGUUAUGCACUUCGCGCGGGCAAUUCUCGAUGGCUCGACCUCUCCUCCGACCCCCGCGUCCAGCCCAUCCUGUCACUGGGCUACACCGCCUUCUGCUUCACCGUGGACAGCUCCCUCGCCGCCGUGUUCGGUCUUGAGGACUCCCUGCGCCCCGACGCACUCGCCACCGUCUCGAAGCUGCGCGCCUCCGGCAUCGCCGUCCACAUCCUCUCCGGCGACGACGACGGAGCGGUCCGGGCAGUGGCAUCCCGCCUCGGCAUCCCCGCCACCAACGUCCGCUCCCGCUGCACCCCGGCCGACAAGCGAGCGUACAUCCAACACCUCCAGUCCACCACCACCCCCAACCCACCCGUCAUCAUCUUCUGCGGCGACGGCACCAACGACGCCCCCGCGCUAGCCCAGGCCACGGUGGGGAUGCACAUGCACGCCGCUGCCGGCGGCACCGACGUGGCCGGCUCCGCGGCCGACGUGGUCCUGCUGCGGCCCGCGGCGUCGGGCGUCCGCACCGCCAUGGCCGUGAGCCGGCGGUCGGCGCGCCGGAUUGCCUUCAACUUCUGCUGGGCCUUCGUGUACAACGUCGCUGCCGUGUUGAUCGGGUCGGGCGCGCUGGCUCGCGUCGGGGCCCGGAUUCCGCCUGGGCUGGCGGGGCUGGGGGAGCUGGUUAGUGUGUUGCCUGUUGUUGGAGCGGCUGUUGCGUUGCGGUGGGGGGGUGGGCGGGAGGGGGAGUAG